AAGGGAAAAAGAAGAGAACAGAAGCCGACAAUGGCUAAGAUUCCGGUAGGAUUUAAGAGAGUUGCAGCGGCGUUCGACGAGGUAGCUCGUGUUCGUCCAUGCGAGAGCAGCGGGAGUGAGUACUCGGCGGAGGGAGACUUUUCCGAUCUAUCUGAUCUCAUCGACUCGUUCAUCGAAACAGACUACUAUGGAGUCGAACGAGAACAAGACAAUAACGAUGAAGAUGAACAAAUGGAAAGCGAGAAAAGCAUUUUUGAAGACGCUAAUUCUGAAAGUUUCUGGUCGGUAUCCGAGGCGAAAGAGAUGUUGCAGAGCUUGUUAGGUUGCGAAGCUUCUAAUUCUCAUGACGGUGAUGGUAGUGUCGAACGAAUGAUUCGUAACGAAGUAGAGAUUGCUAGCAGAUCCAUUGGAACUGAUUCGUCGGCCGGUGUUAAACGUCUGUUAAUGAAUCGAUUACGCGAGAGAGGUCUCGAUGCAGGUCUUUGCAAAUCCCGAUGGGAGAAAAUGGGGCGGUUCCCUGGUGGAGACUACGAAUACAUAGAUGUGAUCGUAGAGGGGACACGGUACAUGGUGGAAGUGACACUGGAAGCAGAAUUCACAAUUGCUAGGGCGACAGAUGGGUAUCUAUCUUUAUUGGAGUUGUUUCCUUCAACCUUCGUCGGAAAACCAGAGGAACUGAAACAGGUGGUGAGGUUGAUGUGCGUGGCCGCUAAAGAGUCAAUGAAGAGGAAGAAUAUGCCUGUGCCUCCAUGGAGGAAGAACGCCUACAUGCAGGCCAAGUGGUUUGGCCCUUACAAGCGGACCACAAGAGCUGGAGCUGGUUCUCAGAGGAAGGCGGCGGUGACAAUGGGGGAAGAUUUGAGAGAGAGGCGGUCAGUUGGAUUCGAGGCGUCGCCGGCAAUUUACAGUUAUUGUAGAGUUGCGUCGGCCCGCAAGGUUGGUUUGAGCUUGAAAGCUGGAAACCUAGCCGCGGUGUUUAAUGGUAUAGGAUUGUAAUUAAGUUGUUCAUUUUUCCCCUUUAUCGUCUUUUUGUUUUUUGUAGAAUG